AUGGGUACAAGAGCUGAGUUUCUGGGAGAGUAUAGUGCUAUUGGAGGGAGUUCAGCGUUGCAGAUUAGAAGUGGAGAGACUGUUGCUGAUGAGAUGGAGCGAUGGAUUAGGAUUUCUGAUGUUGAUGGGUUUAAUGCUGGUCAUGUUGUUGCACCGCAAGCUUGGGUUGAUGAUGUUAUUGACAUUUUGAUUUCGGUUUCGGAGAAGAGGGGCGGAUUGGUUGGAAUGGAGGAAAAAUAUUCUGUUCCAGGUGGGACUAGAGGUGCUUCAAGGUUGAGGCCGUUGCAUCCUAGGAGUGCCUUCAAGUUUGACGUUCUUCAAAAUACCUCAGAGUAG